AUGAAAAAGACACCUGGCGUUUUUUGGAAAUGCAAAAACUGUGAGAAGUUCAAUGAUCUCUUCGAUGAAGGAAGACUCCGUGAUAUUUUUCAAAACAAGGUGAGUCAAUUUAUUGACGAACUGAAGAACCUCUUUUAUGAUAUAAAGACAGACAGCUUGAAAAAAGCAGAUGAAAAUCUUUCAACUCUAGAUAUAGAUAUUAGGAAAAAAGCCGAUGAAAAUAUCUCGAAUCUGAAAAAUACAUCAAAACCCUCGUCAAAACCAAAUAUGAAAUCAUCGUACUCAUCUGUGCUCAGCAAUAGCUCUCACUCUGCAAUACUUGUCAAACCCAAAGUAUCGCAAGAAAACAAUCAAACAAAAUCUGAUAUCAUGCAUUAUUUGAAUACGCAGGACUCAAACUUCAGCUUUAGCAAGGUGAAACAUAUUAAAGAUGGUGGACUGAUGAUAAGCUGUGAAACUCAAGAGGAAACUACUCUCUUUAAAGAAAAGGCUCAGGAGAAACUGUCUGCAACUUAUGAAAUUAAGGAGUCAAGAGGAUUACACCCCCGUGUUCGUAUUGUUGGAAUUUCAGAUAAUUCUGAUCAUGAUACACUUUUAAAACUCAUAUUGAAACAAAAUGACGAAAUUAUAGGCUCUAAUUCGAACUGUAUGAUAGUCAAAUUCGGUCCAACAAAAUCUAAUGUAAAUGUAUAUCAGGUCACCCUUCAACUGGAUUCGUCAACAUAUUCCGCUGUUCCCAAUAAUGAUUACUUAUUAAUCGGUCUAGACCUCUGCAAGGUCUACGAUGCCAUUGAAAUUUCACGAUGUUUCAGAUGCAAUGGUCUCAAUCAUUCGAAAACUAGCUGUAAACAAAUCUUAUCAUGUCCGAACUGCGGUGGGGGUCAUGAUAAAAACGCAUGUGAUUCUAAUAUCUUGAAAUGCAUCAACUGUGUUAAACUCAAUGAAUCCAAAAAGUCUAACUUCCCGAUAGAUCAUGGGGCGUGGGACCAUCAAAAAUGCCAGGCAUACUCAAAUGUGCUGAAUAAAUUGAAAUUUGAUUUGGGUCUAAACUGUCAAUAG